UUUCUGUUCGAGCCGACCGGAAUUUGAACAAGAUGCGGUGUGUACUGCUAUAACAAUUACUCAAAACCUUAGCAAUACUAACUAAUAAUUAGUGCUAUUUGUAUAAUUUUGCAAUUAAUGUGCGCUAGGUAGCACUUUUGACCAGGGUAAACGAGGCUUAGGAGGGGAAACGUAUGCCAAACUUUGUUGUGAAAGUAAAUGACGUCAAUCAUUCAAAUUGGUAAGCGUUCAUUCCUUCAAAGCUUUAUGUGUUUACUGCUUUCAGCUAUGAGAGAGGACCAGUUUCAUCUACUCCAAUGAAGAUGGGAUUCAAAGCCCCACUACCUCCAGCAGCUUCAACCAUUUUUUCUUCAGAUACAGACCGUGCUGGUGAAUUCUCAGAUGAAGAUAUUCAUGAUCUGGCUGUUAUCAAUCUCCAGGGCACAUCAGACAUUCAGACGGUUGAGAGUGUUGUAACCCCAGGUCCAUCUGGUGAUAUAGAUGAGAAGGAAUUCAACGACAUUCAUAAUUCCAUGAUUGAAUGGGACAGUGAUGAUGACACCUGGACUCCAGACAUGCACUUUGAGUCGGUUUCAACAUCAGAUGAUGAAGAUUCUGAUGAUGUUGAUGAGAUUGGGGAUGAAGAUGUGGAUCCAGACUACAGGCCAACCAUUCGUGUGAAGACGGGUGGUGCUCUAAAGUCCAAAUUAUCGCUGGACUCUGUACAAGUCGUUUCUAUGGAAGAAACCGUGCAUGACGAACCAAACAAGGACUCUGAUGCACAGACAGACAUGCCCAAUGAUUCGUUGAGAGUCGUUGCAGUAGAAGAUUUACUGGAAAAGUCAGGAAGCAUUGUGUAUCACAGUAAUCUUAAACAACUCAUGCAAAACAUGCAUCUGGCUGUCAAUUUAUGUCCACAUAAAGACAGUCACAAUAAACAGGAGUGUAAGGCACCGGGUCCCUUUCCAGUAAAUAUCAGGUCCAGAGGAACGGCGGCUGUAAUGGAGUGGGUAUGUCCUCACGGGCACCUUGUGUGGAAAUGGGUGUCACAGCCACAGUUUAAACACGGGAUGCUGGCUGGUGACUACAUGCUCGCAAUAAAUAUCCUUCUUUCCGGAAACAAUUACCGGAAGAUCUCCCUGUUAUUUCAAUUUAUGAAGUUGGGGAUGGUGGACAGGUCCAGCUUCUAUCGCAUCCAAGAUGCUUUCUGUGUAGACACAGUAGAAGAGUUUUGGACAAAGAAGAGAAAUGAAGUCAUCGGCCAAGUGCAGUCAAAGGGACCUGUUGUAGUUUUGGGCGAUGCAAGAAUGGAUAGUCCCGGGUUUAGUGCACAAUACUGCACAUAUACAGCCAUGGACAACGGUACCAAGCAAAUAAUCAGCAUGGUGAACAUUGACAAGAGGCAGACCAUGAGAAAUUCAGUGGCAAUGGAGAAAGAGGGAUUUAUCCGAACAGUAGAAAUCCUUCGAAAGGAACUGGAUGUUGUGGAGUUUUGCACAGACGCACACAUGCAAAUAUCAUCACUUUUCAGCACUGGAAUAUACAAAGAUUGCGGAAUUCGACACACUUUGGAUAUGUGGCACGGCUCCAAGUCGCUGGCAAAAAAAAUUCAAUCAGCAGGACAACAAAGAGGGUGUAAAGAGCUCGUGAACUGGACAAAAGACAUUUGCAAUCACUUUUGGUACUGUUGCAAAUCAACUGAGACAUAUGAGGAGUUCUUUGACCUAUGGUCAGGUGUCCUGCACCAUGUAACUGGAGAGCACGAGUGGGCUCUAGGUGCCUGCCAGCACGGUCCAUUGCCGGAGGACAGGGAAAAGGCGUGGCUAAAAAAGGGAUCAGAGUCACACUCGCGACUAACUGAAUUAGUCCUCGAUGCUCGCUGGCUCAAGAAUGUGCACAAAUUCCUGAACUUCAGGUCCACUGCUGAACUCGAGUCCUUUCACAAUCACUUGUUGAUGUAUGCCAGCAAGAGGUUCAGUUUCACACCGCCUGUGUAUGCAGCUAGAGCUAUGCUUGCUGCUAUAGAUUACAAUUACCACAUCAACCGACCUCCUAAGAGAAAAACGGAUGGGUCUUUACAGUACGGAAAAGUUUUCAACAAAAAAUCCCGGAAGUGGAGCCUAUACGUCAUCAAGGAGGACAAGGACUACGCAUACAUCAGGGACCUUCAAAGCGCCAUCAUUGAAAAGAAGCUGUCAAGCAGCGCUGUGCCAAGGAAGUCGAAGAAGAGACCAGAUGACCCCCGUCAGUAUGGUGUCUUGUCUGGGAUUCCUGCUCCUUCUACCGGAGAACUACUUGACACUCUAGUCAGUAGUGAAGACUUGAAAUUUAGUCUUUUAUUAUUAAAUGUAUUCUUUUAUUAAAAUGUAUUAUUUUAAUAUGAUUUCAUUAUUAUAUAUUAUAUAUUAUGUAUUAUUAUUCUUUAUAUUCAUAAUCAGUUGUGUUAUCUUAUGGAGUGUUAAAUGCAUGUGUUUGAAUGAACGAGACUAUAGAUAGUAUGGAUCACAUGUCAGGGGAUUGAAAGAGGGUAAUACGUUCUGAUCAUGCAUGACAUGUCAGAUGUGUACAGUUUGCAAAGCACCACAAAUGUAUACACUAAGAAUAGUAUCUUAACAUAGGAGUGGACUGUGCCAUGUGUUAGCAUGACAUAUAUGUUCUAUAUUUGAGAUGCUUAAGCAACAUGUUUUUCUACCUUACAAGGAAGUCUUUCUGUGAUGUAUAAAAGCUCAAACCUUACUGUACCACCCCAGAGAAACUACGGGAUGACGGGAGAAUGAAAGAAAUGUAUAGGCUGUCAUAAAAAGAACAUCUUUACUGGUUUCUCUCCUGACAUAUAUAUAUUAAAGAUUUUUCUUGGCAAGACAAUUGGUGUCCGGACCCGUGAAUCAAAUAAUAAGGGGAAAAGGCUUAAUUCCAAGUCUACAAUUUGGCGUCACGAACAGGAUUGCAUC